GUUUUAUUUGACAACUGUCACAAAUAAAAACAAUGUACAAUUAAUUAAGAAUGAAAUAAUUGAAUUAAAAUGAGCGAGGAUUUAGAAACGACCAACAAAUUAACUGAAUUUGGACGUUUGGAAGAUCCAAAACCGAAUACGGUCGGUCAGUGUUUAGCGAAUUUUUUUUGGAAAAGAAAUGUGAACGUCGACGAAAUAAAUUCAGAAAAAAGUGAUACGGUUGGUGAUUCUCUUCCUACUUGGGCCGCGGACGUAGUUUCUGAUAGUUCCUUUUCCACACAAUCAUCCUCGAAUGUAUACGACGUGGAUGUAAAUGAAGGAAGGAGUUUACCAAACGUCUUGAAAAGAAUAAGUAAUCUUUUAGCUUUAAAAAGCAGUAAUCUAAAAGAUUACGGAGACACAAAUCUAAAACAGUAUUGGAUGCAGGAUUCUGUUAGUAAAGAAUGUUACGAAUGCUCAGAAAAAUUCACGUUUGUGAGAAGAAAACAUCAUUGUAGAGUCUGCGGCCAAAUAUUUUGUUCACAAUGUUGUAACCAGCAAAUUCCAGGAAAAAUAUUUGGGUGUACUGGUAAAUUAAAAGCGUGCACUUAUUGUUGUAAGGUUGUUCUAUCUUAUUUAGAAUCUUCCGAUUUUAAUGCAGUAUUAACGAAUGAUUUGAAAUUACUCCAAGAAAGUUUGCAGUCAAAAUUCGGUAUGAUUUCUCCUAAAUCACUUGAAGAUAAUACUUUGCAAACAAGCAUUGUACAUGAUGAUGAUCACACGGCAAAAAGAAAAAUUUCUGUUGGAUAUCAGGAAGAAAAUUUUUUUUCAGAAAAUACAAAUACAACAUAUCUAACAACAGAAGAAAAAUGUAGAGCUCUGCAAAAUUCCACGUCUCUAAGAAAUUUGUUUGAGGAAAUGUGUAAACCUGUGACAGGUUUACAAUUUGAAUCUCAUAGGUAUCGUCUUAAGACUUAUACGGAUUGUUUUUUGGGUUCAGAAUUGGUGGAUUGGUUGAUUUUUCAACAAAAAUCCAAAAAUAGGAUUCAAGCAUCUGCAAUCUGCCAAGCUCUUUUGGAAGGCGGUUACAUCGAGAGCGUUUCGGAUCCAACGGCGUUUAUAGAUGGUUACGCUUAUUAUUACAAAAAAUUGAUAUCUUAUCCCGAAUUAUCAACUCCAGGUACGAAUUUCGAUGUACCUUAUACAGACGAACCCCAUUGGGUACAGCAAAUUCCCCACGAAUCCAGUACAACUGAUUCUGAUAACGAACAAGCUUCACCUAUGGAUAUUCGACAAGGAAACUUGACUUCAUCUUCGUCUUAUUUGCUCGAUUUAAAUUUGGAAGCUAAUACUGUAUACUUAUCACGACCGCCAGAUGAAUAUAAAACGCAAAAUGCGGUUACAGUGUCGGAUCAUCAAGAAAAAAAUGAAAUGUUGGUUGUUAGACCUACAGAACAAAUAGAAAUUGCACCAGAAUCAGGUUGGUUUAAUGCAAAUAAUAAUUUACGCGAAGAAAACGAAGAAAAACUCGCUUAUACUAUUUUGAGUGAAACUUUCGAACAACACGAACACAAUUUAUUGAAACAAUUAUUGUUAUCGAAAGGUCUUUCGUAUUCUUGGUGGGAAAUAAUUAUUCCAUUACUACAUGAAAUAAUUGGAAUUAUUCGACCAGAUAAAAAUCACGAUGCUACAGAUUUGGAUAUACGACAUUAUGUUCAAUUUAAGAUCCUAUCGGGUGGUUUGAGAAGCGAUACUACUUUGAUAGGAGGCAUAGUUUGUAGUAAAAAUGUAGCGCACAAAGAUAUGUUGACCGAUAUAGAAAAUCCGAAAAUUCUUUUAUUAGAAUGUUCUAUUGUUUAUCAAAGGACGGAAGGGAGACUUAUGUCAUUAGAACCAGUUUUAAUGCAGGAAUACGAAUAUUUAAAAAAUGUAGUAACUAGAAUCAGCGCUCUAAAGCCGAAUGUUGUAUUGGUGCAAAAAAAUAUAUCAAGAAUCGCUCAGGAUAUGCUACUAGAUUACAACAUCACUUUGGUUCAUAAUGUUAAACAGAGCGUAUUGGAAAGAUUAUCGAGAUGUACUAAAGCCGAUAUCGUUUCUUCUGUAGAUGCUCAUAUCGGAGUACCCAAACUGGGAACUUGUAAACGUUUCUACGUCAACAGUUACAAAAUCCAGGGAGAUCAAAAGAAAACUCUGAUGUUUUUCGAAGGUUUACCAAAUCCGCAUCUGGGUAGUACCGUACUAUUACGAGGGGGUUCCGAAACGGAAUUAUCGAAAUUAAAAGACGUUUCGGUUUUUAUGUUGUUCGCUUUGUAUAGUUGGCGUUUGGAAAAAUCUUAUCUAAUGGACGAAUUCGCUAUGCCUCCGAAUCCUAACGAAUUUCUAGACGACAAUACGCCGGAUACGCCCGAAAAGAAAACAGAAGAACAAAAAAGAAUCGAACGACCGGUGAUGAAAAGGUUCAGUCGAGACGAACAACCGGGGGAAAAUCGAAAAAUUCUCGUAGACGAUUUUACGGAUCCUCUACAAUCGAAACAAGAAUUUUUCGAUGUUAAAUCGACAGGGGAAACGCUCGCCGUCGCCGAAUUACCGUUUUCGAAUAAUUUCAAAAAACAAUUGGACGAUACAAUUUUGUGCGUUAGUCCUUAUGUCGUUUUUUCGGUGCCUUAUUUGGAAACCGAAACAGGUAAAAAGUGUAAAUUGAGAAGAUAUUUUCCGGACGAUUUGUAUUUUAGCGUCCAUUUUGAAAAUAACGUUAAAAAUAAAUGGAAGAACAAUUCGGAAGAAAACAGAAGCGAUCAAAUCGAAAUUAAAGAAAAGAUAAAACCUCUGCAUCCGUUUCUUUUGAUGAAAUUAACGGAAAGCGGCGAAGACGUCAACGUCCAAAACCUCCUGGCUCAUUUUAGAGCUUGCGGUGGACGAUACGAAAAAAAAGAUAACAUUUGCAUCGAAAUUCAAACGCGUACCCGUCCAAAAUCUUCCGAAAAUAAUUUAAAAGACGUUCUAGAUCCGGCGAAUCAUCAAAAAUUGGCGGUGCUGUUUUGUAGUUACAGCACCGAAUCGAAUAACGCGCCGGCUUUUUGCGUAAACCCUUGGAUUGUUUAUAUGGAUUUUUACGGUCGUAACGACAUACCGUUGGGUUGUUUUUUGGAACGUUAUUGUUUUCGGUCGACUUAUAAUUGUCCAUCGAAAUCGUGCGAUACUUCUAUGGUACAUCACGUUCGUAGAUUCGUUCAUAACGUCGGUUGCGUUACUAUUUGUUUAAAUCAUUUCGAUAACGAAUUUUACGAUGAUCAUAUCGUUAUGUGGACUUGGUGUACGAAAUGUCAAAAGGUAUCGCCGGUGGUACCGAUGUCAGUCGAUACUUGGUCCUAUUCUUUCGCCAAAUAUUUGGAAUUGAAAUUUUACGGCGACGUUUUUAGUAGGAGAGGUCAAUCAUCGUGCAAUCAUAGUUUACAUCACGAUCAUUAUCAAUAUUUCGGGUAUAAAAAUUACGUCGCAACGUUUAAAUAUAGCCAAAUAACAAUACUGGAAGUAUCUUUGCCGCCUCCUUUGAUAGAGAUAAAGUACGAUAAUAACAAAUUGCACGAUGAAUCGAUCGACGGUAUUAAGAAUAUAGCGCAAAAAGGUCACGAUCUGUUUUCUUUGAUACAAGAUAAAUUGAAGAACGUAACGGGAGAAGAAAGCGAAUCGAAUUUGAAACAAAUUUUAUUAAAGGAACAGAAUCUAUUUAAACAGAAAAUAGAAGAGGUGCAAUUGAAGUUGACGUCGCCGAGUAUAGAAUGUAAACAAUUCGACGAGAAAGUUUUGAUCGGAGCGUAUUGGAACAUUUCGGAUUCGUUGACGAAAUUAAAAAGGAACGUCGUUGAAAUCGUCGAUAUUUGGAAUGUACGUUUCAACGAGUUGGCGAGAAAAAAGGACGUCGAUAAGAAGAAGGAAAAAUCGAACGUCGAAGAUAUUUUGGAUUAUCAAGAAUCAAACGUACGCGAUGAAAAAGAAUCGAUUAAUAGGAAAAUCGGAAGUUUCGAUAAUAGCGAUAAUGAUUCUUAUAGUUCUUCGUCGCCAAAAAGUCAUCAUAGAUCUCAAUCUGAGAGUGCGGUAUUUUCACAAAUCGAUGAUUCGACGGACGGUAAAAAAGAAUCCGAUAAAAAAAGCGUUAAAACGAUUUUAUCGUCCUUAUUACCGUCGUCGAAUAACGCAUGCGUUAUACCGGCGCCGUUCAGUGCUAACGAACAUUACAAUUUAUCGGAUUCUUCUAUACCGUUGAUCGUUUUCGAAAAUCAACCGAGUUCUAUCGUAUCUUAUACGCUCGCUUCUAACGAAUAUAGAAAAUUAUUCGACGAAUUAUCGGCUAAAAAAACUUCGACGACUAGUUCGGACGUUUCGAAUAGUCCCGUAACGAUGAAAAGGAAAAGUUACGGCGAAAAAGAUAAAACCGACGACGACAAAACCAAAAAUAUUUUGGGUUUCUUAAAAACAAAAGAAGCCAAAAUUGAUAACGCCAAUCAAAUUAAUUCGACGAAUGUACCGGAAAUAAGCUUUGAAGCGUCGCAAAUAGUAUCGGGACCUCAGGAGGCGGCGAAAAAAGUGAGAAAAGCUCACGUCGAAGUACAAUUUCAAGAGGGUAGCAGUAACUUUUUCUGUAGGGUAUAUUUGGCGGAACAAUUUGCUAAGUUACGCGCCGCGGUAUUACCGAUGGGCGAGGAAGCUUACAUUCGAUCAUUAUCUCGAUCCGUACAAUGGGACGCCCGUGGUGGAAAAUCCGGAUCGAAUUUUUCCAAAACUGUCGAUGACAGAUUUAUAUUGAAAGAAAUGUCCAAGUCCGAAGUGGAUCUUUUCCUCGAAUCGUCCUCCAAUUAUUUCGCUUACAUGAACAAAUGUCAUACGACUAAACAAUUGACGCUUUUAGGAAAAAUAUUGGGCAUCUAUCAAAUAGUAUUUAAAAAUAAUUCGAGCGUACCGUAUCGAUCGAAUAUAUUAGUUAUGGAAAAUUUGUUUUAUAAUCGAAAAGUAUCGCAAAAAUUCGAUUUAAAAGGAUCGAUGCGUAACAGAUUGGUCGUACCGGAUAAUCAAGGCGAAGAAAUCGUUUUGCUCGACGAAAAUCUCAUGAAAAUGACUUGCGAUUCGCCGCUUUACGUAUUGCAACAUUCCAAAUCGGUUUUGAUAAAUGCCAUACAAAACGAUACCGAAUUCCUUUCUACUCAAUCGGUUAUGGAUUAUUCCCUAUUGGUAGGAUUGGAUCCGGAUAACAAGGAAUUAAUACUUGGAAUAAUAGAUUAUAUACGAACGUUUACUUGGGACAAGCGAUUGGAAACGAUGGUGAAGAAAAGCGGCAUUUUGGGUGGACAAGGAAAAUUACCGACGAUAAUAUCUCCUGAAGAAUAUCAGAAACGUUUCAUUGAAGCGAUGCAUCGAUAUUUUUUGGAAGUACCGGAUCAUUGGGCCGGUUUAAGUAAAACGUUUGAACCGUAAAAAGAAA